AAAUGUCAAUUUAAGAUAGCCCUGUUGACUUGACGCCAGACCAAAAGUUCUGUUUUCCAGCAGUCAUAUAUGAAAGUGUUUGUUGCCCAUUUUCAGACUGACCCAUUCUUCAAGAUAGAUCCCAUGAAUGGUUUCUUCCAAAAAAUGAUAAUAUAAAUCUCCUUUGUACAUCAUAUCUUUGUCCUAUCCCCAAGCUCUGAGCAAGAAAUGGACAUAAAAAACAGUUCUUUCCUCUUCAUUUUUUUGUUUUACCUAUGUUUCUCUCUCAAAACCCAUCUCUCCUAUGGAGCUGACACUAUUUCUACAAAUCAAUCUCUUUCUGGAGACCAAACAAUUACCUCUUCAGGUCUGAAAUUUAAGUUGGGUUUCUUCAAACCGGGUAAUUCUUCCAACUACUACAUAGGCAUCUGGUACAAUAGAAUUACACAAACUGUAGUUUGGGUUGCAAACAGGGAAAUACCUGUUUCUGAUAAAACCUCUGCAGAGUUAAAAAUCUUAGAUGGUAAUUUAGUACUUGUUAAUGAGUCUAAAACUCCAAUUUGGUCCACAAAUAUCAGUUCCAGCAAGUCAAAUUCUGUGGUAGCAGUUCUCCAGGAUGAUGGUAAUUUAAUCUUGACUGAUAGGACUAAUUCAGGACCACCACUUUGGCAAAGUUUUGAUAACCCUGGCAAUACUUGGUUGCCUGGUUCUAAACUUUCUUACAACAAUGUUACCAAAACAAAACAGCUUCUUACUUCAUGGAAGAGUUUGGAUGAUCCUACACCUGGCCUGUAUUCUCUUGAGCUGGACCCAAUUAAGAAGCAGUAUGUUAUAAAGUGGAAUAGAACUGAGCAAUAUUAUGACACUGGAUCAUGGAAUGGCCGUAUUUUCAGCGGGGUGCCUGAGAUGAGAUACAACUAUAUUUACAAUUUUAGCUAUGAGGUCAAGCAGAAUGAAAGCUAUUUUACGUAUUCACUUUAUAAUGAUUCUAUCAUAUCAAGAUUCAUUAUGGAUGUCUCUGGACAGAUUAAGCAACUCUCAUGGUUGGAUACUUCAAAUCAGUGGAAUCUGUUCUGGACUCAACCAAGAUCACAAUGUGAAGUUUAUGCUUUUUGCGGGCCAUUUGCUACCUGUCAGGAAAGCUUGCCCUUUUGUAAUUGUUUGGAUGGUUUCAAGCAUAGUUCAGAGACUGAUUGGAAUCAAAAUGAUUUUUCUGGAGGAUGUAAGAGGAAAACGAAGUUGCAAUGUGGCAACGCUAAUGGGAAGAAAGAUGGAUUUUGGAUGUAUCCCGGGAUGAAAGUACCUAAAAAUUCUCAAACUGUUGCUGCUGGGAGUGCUGCAGAAUGUGAAUCUACCUGUUUGAAUAAUUGCAAUUGCACUGCUUAUGCUUAUGGCAGUUCAUGCUCGAUUUGGAAUGGUGAACUCUUGAAUAUGCAGCAACCCUCACAAAAUAGUGGUACGGGCCAAUCGAUCUAUGUCAGGUUAGCUGCAUCUGACAUCCCAAAAUCCAAGAGUAAGAAGGGAAUUCCAAUUGGUGUUUCUGUGGGGUCUGCUGCUGCCGUAGUGAUCGUUUUGGGCCUUAUUUUUGUUGUAUACCGGAGAAGGCGUAGGCAUAUUGUUGGAAGUGGGAAAACUGUGGAGGGUUCAUUGGUUGCGUUUGGUUACAAAGACUUGCAACACGCGACUAAAAACUUCUCGGAGAAGUUGGGUGGUGGAGGCUUUGGUUCUGUUUUCAAAGGGAAACUAUCUGAUUCAUCUGUUAUUGCUGUUAAGAGGCUCGAUAGCAUCAGCCAGGGAGAGAAGCAAUUUCGAUCAGAGGUCAGUACAAUCGGGACAAUCCAACAUGUUAAUCUUGUACGCCUUCGUGGAUUUUGCUCUGAAGGUAACAAGAAACUGCUGGUUUAUGAUUACAUGGAAAAUGGAUCGUUGGAUUCACAUCUUUUUACCGAACAGCAGUCAGAUGUUAUGGAUUGGAAAACGAGGUACCAGGUGGCGCUGGGGACAGCUAGAGGAUUGACUUAUCUCCAUGAAAAGUGCAGGGAUUGCAUUAUACAUUGUGACAUAAAGCCUGAAAACAUCCUCCUUGAUGCACAAUUAUGCCCCAAAGUAGCAGAUUUUGGCCUGGCAAAGCUUGUUGGGCGCGACUUUAGCAGAGUUCUUACAACUAUGAGAGGAACAAGAGGUUAUCUUGCACCGGAAUGGAUAACCGGGGUGGCCAUUACAGCCAAAGCUGAUGUUUAUAGCUAUGGGAUGAUGCUUUUGGAAAUUGUAUCAGGGAGGCGAAAUUCGGAGAAUUCUGAAGAUGGGAAAGUGAAAUUCUUCCCUAGUUGGGCUGCACGUGUAUUAGUCGAGGAAGGCGAUAUCCUUAGCUUAUUGGACUAUAGGCUGGACAGAACUGCUGAUGCUGAGGAGGUGUCAAGAAUAUGUAAAGUCGCGUAUUGGUGCAUCCAAGAUGAUGAAUUACAAAGACCCUCAAUGGGUCAGGUUGUUCAGAUUCUUGAAGGAGUUUUAGAAGUGAAUUUGCCUCCUCUCCCGCGUUCUCUUCAAGUUUAUGCAGACAACAACGAGCACAUAGUUUUCUUCACUGAGUCAUCAUCGAGCCAGACUAGUUCUCAAGCUCAGAGCAAGACUUCAAGUGCAGCAUCUCAAUCCAAAAGCACCACAGAGUCUACGAAUUCCAGGUCUUGAAGAUGACUUUCAACUACUUCUUGCAAUGUAUAUCAUUAGUAACUAUUUCGAAUUACCCAUGCUUAGCUGUGUAAAACCAUUUAAUGGUUAGCCCUAGCAUCACCUGUUGAGUUUGCUGGGUUCGUUAGUUCUAUUUUAUUUCAUACUUUUGGUAAUUUUGUGGUGAAUUUUAGAUUGCAGAGUGAAUAAAAACCUGAAAAGAUUUCAAA